AUGUCUGUAACCGUGGAAGGUGUCGAAGAAAGAGUUGAAGAAACAAAUGGUUGUGCUAAUAAAGAUGAGAACGUUAUUGAGGUGAGCACUACAGUUAAGUUCGAACUUGUUUUAUGCUCACUUACCUUUCAGGUUGACAAGGAUGCCAUAUCACUAGACCUGACCCGAACUCGUCUAAUGAAAAUUGAGGGAUUUGAAUUCCUCCGCAAAAUAGAAAAAAUUGAAAACCUUUCCACCUUGGUAAAUUUGGAAACGCUGGAUCUCUCCUUUAAUCGCAUUUGUAAGAUCGAAAAUCUUGAAGCGCUCACGAAACUCAAAACACUUUACCUUGUCCACAACAAGAUCACGAAGAUUGAAGGUCUUGAACAGUGUUGGGUAUUAUAUAAUUCGUGCCGAAAUGCAGGAUUUUGUAAGACCCAAAUUAAUAUAAAACUCCGAAAAAUUUAUUUCAACAAGGUAAUCGUCAUUUCAAAUAGCACACUUUUAAGAAACGAGUUCCUUGCCGAUAUCAUAAAAGUUGGGAUUCUGGAAGCAAGUUGUCAUGAAGAAGGAUUGCCCUUUUACUAUUGA